GAGCCCCUUCAAGAAAAAAAGCCCGUUGUAGUAGUAGUUUUUAUUGGCCAAACUGUAAUACAAUUUGGAUGUUUUAAUAUAGCAAAUGCGCACGAGUACGCUCAAUAUACAAUUCAGUUGUUACGUGCUAACCAAACGUUCCGGGUGUUGUCACAAUUUUAAGCUCCGCUAUAAAUAAUAAAAAUAUAUUGUAUAUCUAAAUAUAAAAGAAGAAACAAAUUAAACAUUAAACAAAAAUCUCAAAGCUCGAAACAUUUGCUGUUAAAGUUAACAGUAAUAGAACAAUAAUUGUAACAGACAUUUUGGCUUCUUUAACAUACGCUUAAGUGGAAAAAAGAAACGUUAAUUUGUUUUUGAAAUUAAAGCAGUUUAUAUUUAAAAAAGGGUUAGCUUUUUAGACGAAUUACCACCACCGUAUUUUACUUGAACGUACAAGCACUUUGCUCAAAUACUCGAGCUAUCUAAUACUUGAUCAUUGCCCUCCCGUUGCUUAGCUUUCACACAGAUGGGAUGGCCUCUGUUGAGUCAGCACCUAGAUACGUAUUCGGCAGUCCGAAACACGAAUCCAUCAAAUAAGCCGAUGACUUUGUUCUUACUCACAGAGAACACACUGUGGUUAAUCUGGUAUGAAUAGAGUUUUCCAUGAACUUACCUGGAAAAGGAAUAAAAAUCAAUGGUAUAAAAAUCAAGCUUGUACAGCAAAUACGUACUUAAGACACCAUGGUGGAAUUUCGUUUUGAUCUAAGUCCUCUCUUUACCCAACCGAUUGUAAAGGUUACCUCGAAUCUAUUGCCGCAUACAUUUCGUGGAGAUCGUCGUCAAUGUUUAGAUGCUACAUCAAAAAUGUCGGAGAUAAUUGAUCAUUUGGGUCAGUUAUCGGCUAGUGCCCAAAAACUUAGUAAACCGGUAACGACGGCUCAGCGUUUAAGAAUGUCGGAGAAUCAAACGAUUUAUCUGAUGGCCGAUGUAAAUGCGGGUAAAAAUGGCUGUGUCAUAGGUCUACUUAAGGUGGGCACCAAAGAUUUAUAUUUGUUCGAUGAAACAGGACAAACACGUAAAGUAGAAAAUGCUCCAUCUAUUUUGGAUUUCUAUAUACACGAAUCACGUCAAAGAGCUGGUUUGGGUAAAGAUCUCUUCGAAACCAUGUUGGCUGAUGAAAAUUGGACACCUGUCAAAUGUUCAGUGGAUAGACCGUCAGAGAAACUCUUGGGUUUUUUAAAGAAACAUUAUGGCUUAGUACGUACCAUACCGCAGUCUAAUAAUUUUGUACUCUAUGAGGGUUUCUUUGAUGAUGGCAAUAAACAACAGCAGCAACAACAACAACAUACAAACGGUGGCAUGCAUAUCACAAAUAGUCCUAACACACAACUUUUUGGUGCUACAUAUUUGGGUGAUGAGAAUAACAAAAAACGUUCACAACAACGUCAAUUAGAUGCUCCUAAUCUAAGUACACAGAUAACACAGAUAUCACCGGUGGGUCGUUAUGGUGCCAGAAGACCAACCUGCAGUAUGGCCGAGAUAAUUCACAGUGGUACGACAGCAAAUAAUAGCGGUGCUGAACCGGGAAGUAAACAAUCACCUUCAGUUGAAAUUGUUAAUGACAAUUUACACAAUUUGAAUAUAAACGAUCAUGAACAAACUGAACAUGAAGCCGAACAGCCACAAUCACAUGAUGAAGUCGAUGAAGAUUUACAAACCCAGGCAGGUCAAGAACAGCCAAUAGCUUCUGCUACAGAUGCCAACGCUGAACUUGAAAUAAGUAUUAAUGAGCAUGCUGCCAACGAACAUGAACCGUCAACACAGUCCCAACAAAAUUCACUAGUCAACACACCCUCCCAACCAUCGAAAAGUACAUCAUCCGUUUUUGAAAUGGAAAAUCGUAAGACAGCACCCACUUUCCAUUUAAGCAAACAGCAUACAGGCAUGAAGAAUCGUUCGUAUGGUGUGGGUAUGGCUGUAACACCUUCGACAAAAAUGGAAUUUGAUCAAGAGUUAAGAGAAGAUUUUGGUGUGGUUAAAAUCAAUCGACCCAUUGGCAAACAACCAUUAUCACCAAAUGCCAAUGAGGAAACAAUGUCCACGGUUUCUUCGUCAGGGGAGGGUUUAACCGAUCAGGGUUAUUAUGAUUUAAAGUUUUAUCACAAUAAAUUGUGGUAAAUUAUUUAUACAUACAUAUAAUCAAAAUGAAAAGUAAACAUUAACAUAUAUACAAAUACAUAUUGUUUAAGAUACAUAACGGUAAAUUUUAGUAUUUAAGAAAACUUCUCAUUGAGCAACAAAAUUUUUAUAUCAGAAAAUUGGUUAAAAGUAAUUAUGAACAUUUAUUUUAAUUAUUAGUAAGGAAGGAAAUAUCUACAAACAGCUACACUUUACAAUAGCAGUAACGUAAAAGCGUUAAAAGACAAUUUCAAUUUUCAACAGUGGUUUGUGUUUUUGAAAUAUUUAAUAUCACCAUGAUCUAAAUCAUAAAUAUUUAUAUAGAACGAUUUUCAAUUAAUUCCCAAUUACUCAAACCAAAUACAUAUUUGCAGUGCACACAUCGUUUUUAUUCGAAAACAAAAGUUUUAAAAAUACAUUUCCAAUCUAAAUUCCAUGGAAUAAUUCGAUUUCAAGUCCAUAACGAACGUUUAAAAGGACUAUUAUUUAAUAAGCGAGCAAUUUUAUAGAGACCUGUCAUAUAUUCCGAUCGGAAUUCUUUUGUUACUGUUUUAACAUCUCCAAAUUUCUUAUGAUAGUUUUUCUCUCAUACAUAUCUCUUAUUUCUAUUUCCUGAUUAUAGUUCCGAUAGAUUAUGUUUUAACCUUCCUUAUAUGGUCAGACUUUUAUUUCCCGAGAGAAAGAUCAGGUAAUUCAAACAAAUUUAAGUAGGAACGAGUGAAUUAGGUCCGAAGUACUGUUUAAGGGGUGUGCAGUCUUUACUGAUGGAUUCCAAGAUGGAAUUUCGCACAGGGCCCAUUUACCAGCAAUAUAAAUGUGUCACAAAUGUAGCGUCUUUCAACGGAGAUCUUGGCAAUCUGGAAAACCAUGGAUAUUAAGACACACAUUACUAGGGGUCGUAAGUAACGAUUUAUGUUGAUAGACAGGUAGCUCUUAAAGCUUUGCUGUAUAAAACGUUACAUUUUAGCUUGGUAACUAGCUGCAAAAGGGACCUGGAAGGCAUAGUCCGAUUAUAAACAGUAAGGCUAUAUAGGGUACCGGGACAGGGUAACAAGAUCGCCGAUGAAUUGGCCAGACAGGACUUGGAGCUUGAUAGUAGGGUUGGUUCUGUAAAACCCCCCGAUUUAUUAUUACUAUAGACUAAUCUCCGAAAAAUUCAAAAACUCCAUCAACCGAUCCUAGCACAUUGGCAUGGAUUAUAGAGAUUCUAGGGCUUUAUGGCCGAAGAUAAAUACAAAAGCAACCAGGGUACUAUUAGAACUGGAUAGGAAGAGUAAAAGGACUUUAGGACCGGGUAAUCACCGGCCAAUUGUAACCUGCGCAAUUGUAAAAGGAAUUCUCACUCUUCUCAUCUCUCUCUUUUUCUUCUAUUUAUAUUUCCUUGUUCUUUAUUAAAGGGAAUCACAAUUGACCUUUGGGACAAUUGCAUUCUACGCUCUUUUAGAGAGAGGCAGUUACAUAAAUAUUACUUGGAUAUCCCAAAUCAAACAUCCUUUCCGUGAAAGACAAUGGUAGAUAAUAGAUAUUUUGAAAGUGGUGAAUAUGAUUAUCUUUUUUAAAAAAACAAGUUCGUUUGCACAUUCCUUGGCAAUUUCAUUUCCCCGAAUGCCAUUGUUUCCUGGAACCCAAGUUCGACAGUGUCGUCUAUGUUGGGAAUAAAUUGAGAAUAAAUUUCAACUCAAUUACUUUCAACUGAAAGCAUUGUGGAAUGCUAGAUGUUGUUUCCGGGUGUUUCUUGUGGCGUAAAUUUCAGCCUGAAAACAGUUGAGUCAUACGGAAAUCAAUUCCACUUUAAAAACUGAAAGUGGUUUCUGAAAAAUUUUUACGUAUUUCAUCAUUAGAAGAAGCACAAUACGGAAAUAUGUAAUUCCACUUUUGAUCGGAAUGGUAGUCUGAAUACAUACUGCAAGAAAUGUAUAACAUAACGUUUUCUUUCAGUUACUUGUUUUUACAACGGGGUCUUUGUUUCUCAACUCGUAAAUUGUUUUGCAUUUUGGGUUUCUAUGUAAUAGAAAAUAACACUCACAUACAUACACACAAAAAACAAAACUUCAAAACAUAUCGCAUGCUUAAAGGACAUUAUUUAUUAAAUAACUAAAAUGAAAUAUAACCCACACAAAACAAAGUUUAGCUAUUGAAAGCAUCGCUCCCACACCUACAUGAAAUUCCUUUAUUGUGAACAACACCUAAAAAGUUCAUUUUUUAGUUUCUUAAUUAUAUUUUCCAUUACAAUACAAUUGUCUAUGAAUUUAUUUCAUUAUUUGCUUAACACUUCACUAUUAUUUCUUUAUUUGUUAUUUAUCGGUUAAAUUUGUUCCUUAUUUCUGCAGAAAACAAAACGCACAUUGUUAUAUAAAAUCACACACAUGUUUAUAUAUAGAAUAACAUAUAAGAAAUCUAAAUUAACAUUUAUAUUCAUAUUUAGGGAAUUUACUCCAUUAUAUGGUUUAAAAGAAAGCACUUGAUAUUUCAAAUUUGCUAUAAUAUUUAUUGCUGCAAAUAAAUAAAUAUUUAUAGCAACAAUGUUAUAAUUUUGAACCUGGAACAAGGCGGUAUAUUGUGCAUUAAAAAUCCAACAUUUUUAUAGUUAAAUCGAAAAAAAAAAAUGGAGUAAAUUUCGUAAGCUUUAUGUAAACAAACAUCACAAUAGCAAAUACCUAUAGACUUUACAUCGAUACAUACUAACAUAAAACUCACGUAUGAGAAAAACUUCAUACUUCUUAACAAGUUUUAUUUGCAUUGUAACAUUUGCUUUAAAGCUUAACUAACAAUAGAACAAUUUUGUUUGCAAAAAAAAAAAGAAAUAUUAAAAUAAACUUAAUAAAAUAGUAAAAUUUUUAAACAAAUACUCA